AUGUCUGUACAAGAGACGUCAUCCCUACCAGGAGCAGUAGAUGUCUCAAAAUUGUCUGUUCCUACAUUACCUGGAGUUACCCCAGCUCUUCCCAAGUCUAAUUCUUUAUGGUCCUCGAAUCCCGUUUUUUCUUACUUGAACGAUGUAUAUACAACCAUAAGCGAACACCGUAAGAAUUUGGGAUUGACCAACCCCGGAACUAUUGAGAAUUUGAACAAGGAAGUUAGUAGAGAUGUCUUUUUAAAUCAAUAUUUUUUUACUGGCUUAAGAGCCGAUUUGAACAAGGCCUUCUCAAUGUCGCCAGCUUUCCAAACUUCGCACACUUUGAGCAUGGGUUCUCAAGUUUUGCCUCCAUAUGCGUUUAGUGCCUUGUAUGCUGCUGAUGAUUUUUUCUUACAAGGUAAUAUCGAUAAUGAUAUGAGCUUUAGUGGUAGAAUAAAUUAUGGUUGGGAUAAAGCUAAUAUCUCAAAAAUCACCUUACAGUUGGCUCGGAGCCAACCAUCCAUGGUUCAAUUGGAACAAGACUACCAGGCUAAUGACUUUUCCAUCAAUUUAAAAACUUUGAACCCAAAUUUUCUUUACGGUGGAUUUUCAGGUGUGGCAGUCGCUAGUCUUUUGCAAAGUUUGACUCCAAAAUUCGCCCUUGGUUUAGAAGCUAUGUAUUCAAAACAACCAUUGAGUCCGCCAGAUACUGCGGUAUCCUAUGUUGCUCGUUAUAACAAUGAUGGAAAAUGGAUUGCCUCGGCCCAAAUUCAAGCACAAGGUGCAUUAAUUGCUUCUUUUUGGAGAAAAGUUAGCGACAAGGUAGAGGCUGGUUUGGAAACACAAAUCGCCGCUACAAUGAAACAAGUUGCCGACCCUUUGAUGGGUGUUGGUUUUGAACCAGUAAUCGACGGCACAACAACCAUUGGUGCUAAAUACGAAUAUAGAACUGCUGUUUUUAGAGGACAAUUAGAUUCCAAGGGGAAAGUAAGUGCUUUUUUGGAGAAGAGAAUCUUACCCACAGUUAGCGUUUUGUUUAGUGGUGAAAUUGACCAAUUCAAGAACACUUCAAAAUUAGGUUUGGGAUUACAAUUUGAAGCUGCUGGUAAUGAACAAUUGAUGUUGAUGCAACAAGGUUUGAUUGAUGCAAAUGGUAAUCCAGUUCCUGGCGCUCCUUCAGCUUUAUAA